AUGGUGCAUGCGGUGAAGUUGAGUGAGCUAAGCAAGAGAAAGCGCGAUGUGGAGGAGGACUCAGAUGUGGAUAUUAGUACGACUGACUCCGAGUCCGACCAGGAUGCCGAUGGAGAUGAGGAGAUAAUUAACAUUGACUUUGACUUCUUCAAUGGAAAUCCAGGAGUGGACUUCCACGCGCUGAAGAAUCUGCUGCGGCAGCUGUUUGGGCAGCAGGAGGCCAACCGUAUGCAGCUGAGCACGCUGGCAGACAUCAUUCUCCAGUCGCCAACGACUACGAUCAAGACCGAUGGGCAGGAAUCAGAUCCCUAUUGCUUCCUGUCGUUUGUAGACUACAAGGAACACCGUACUAGCGACUAUGCAAAGUACCUCGUCAACUUGGACCCCCGGUUGGAGACGUUCUUUGCGACCAUCGACAACUCUGACAAGACGUGCGCGCUGAUACUCUGCGAGCGCCUGAUUAACAUGCCAGUGGAAGUGGUCCCUCCAUUAUACAAUAUUACGCUGAACGACGUUUCCAGCAACUCUAGUGACGGAAAACACUUUGACUUCUACCUGGUGGUUAGCCGUAAAUACGAAGUCAGUUUCGAUAUGGACAGCGACAGCGAAGACGAGAGCGCCAAGCCCCGCAAGCGGGUCAAGGGCUCGGAGUUGGAUUAUUUCCAUGAAGAGGACCGGCACAUGGAAAAGUACGCCAAGAUAUGCUUCCAAGGCCCAACGCGCAAGGGGGUCGUACCUCUCUACAUGGUACUUGACCACGAGGGUCUGGUCAGGUCCAUUGGCGAUCUCGAGCAAGCGAUCGCUUCUUGGAAGUAA